AUGUCGAACGAAGCAGUGAUCAUAGAAGCUGACAGCAACAGUGACUACUGUCUUCAAUUGAAUCGAUGGUUCCUGAAACCGAUCGGUGCAUGGCCAUCGUCUCCAUCCACCACAAGACUGGAAAAGAUUGUUUCAUUUAUUUUAAACAUCAUUUGCUUCGCAUCCGUAAUCGUCACUGCGAUUCCCAGUGUAUUGCUACUCAUUCUAGAAGACGAGAGCAUUAACUUGAAGUUGAAAACCCUAGAUUUCUUGAGUCAUCUGUUCGUCAGCAGCUUUAAUUAUAGUACCUUGUUAUUACACAGCAAAGACAUACGACAAUGCGUAGAACACAUAGAGGCUGACUGGCGAUCAGUGACUAGAGAGGAGGAUCAACACGCAAUGAUGAAAAACGCGAAAUUCGGUCGCUACGUAGCUGCUUCGUGCGCUAUUUUCAUGCAGGGUGGCAUUUUGUGCUUUUGUUUCGUGACAGCGUUAACUACAGUCGAGAUUCAGAUUGGAAACGAGACGAGAGUCUUACGUUUGCUGCCUUGUGCAGUAUACAAGAAAUUGGUGAACGUCGAUGAAAGUCCAGCAAACGAAAUCAUGCUUUCCCUGCAAAUUUGGUCUGCUCUUAUCGCGAACUCUAGUACAGUUGGAAUUUUUAGUCUCGCAGCUGUACUAGCUGCUCACGCGUGUGGUCAACUGGACGUGAUUAUGGCGUGGAUUACUGAAUUUGUUAAGGAAACUAGCAGUUUUCAGGAAAUUGGAGUAAUCGUGGAGCGACACCUGAGGACAUUGAAUUUCAUAUCGUGUAUCGAGGUUGUGAUGAACAAAAUAUAUUUAUUGGAGAUGUUGAGAUGUACGAUGAACAUAUGUCUAAUUGCCUACUACAUUCUAUCGGAAUGGGAUGAGCACGAUAUUCGAAAUUUGACAUCGUAUUUUAUGAUGUUCGUUUCAAUCUGUUUUAACAUUUUCGUAAUAUGUUACAUCGGUGAAAUAUUAACGGAACAGAGCAAGAAAAUUGGUGAUGCCGUUUACUUGACAAACUGGUAUUAUUUACCCAAUAAAGAAAUCCACAACUUAAUUUUGAUCAUCGUGCGAUCGAGUAUGGUCGUUCAAUUGACUGCAGGGAAAAUGAUUCAAAUGACAAUUAAUACGUUUGGUAAUGUGGUAAAGACAGGUUUCGCAUAUUUGAAUCUAUUACAGCAAAUGAUGUGAUAAAAUGGUAUCUUGGAAAAAUGUUAUUGGGGGUGUUAAAGCAUAAUAAUAAUUAGGCGGUUGAAAUAAUCUUAUAAUCAAUUUUACAAACUCUAAUAAAUGGUUGACAAUAUAAUACGUCUACGUAAGACCAAGGAAGCAUACAGAGUAAAUAAUCUACUAGCGGUAGAUUGUAGAACCGUCCGUUGUUGUCACACUCCGUUAUAUUCAUGUUUCUAUUACGUAUUAUUUUUUUGAAAUUCAUCAUUGGAAAAAUUAAUUUCACCAAUAAUUUUUUCUUCGUAAUACUAUGCGUUAAUAUAAAAAUCUAGUUUUAGAAUUGGCAUUUGUAAAUACCAACAGCAAUAAUACAAAUUAUUAUCAUUUAUCACGAAAUUCAACAAUU